UGGUUUUGGGGGUUGGGGUUGUGGGGUUAAGGAUUGGCGCAGCAGCCAACAGAGAUAGGAAAAUGAGAUUUCUUUUGCGCUCUCUCUCAGCAUCUGUCGACGCCUGGCUUCAGUGUAUUUCAAUUGCUCGUUAGGAAAUAUAAAUACAACGCCUUCAUCUUAUAGCACAUUUUUACAAGAGACUGCAAAACUACAAAUACAAAAUAAACUUGAAACACAAAAAAAAGAAACAAGAGCAACAACAGUAGUAUAGUAAAAUUAACGAAAAAGCGUGUAAGGCAUACAACAGAAAUAGAAGUAACGGUUUUAUGCCGGAUGGUAGCAGAGUGUGAGUAAAAAAAAUGUGCUUUGCACGCAUGCAAUAGAAUAGGACGAGAAACGAAACGGGAAGAGGAAGAGAAUUAUUGAAUGCGAGUGCAAAAUUUAAAUGAAACAAAAACUCCAAAAAUUUAUGUGAGCGACGCGUGCAACACAAAGUAAACAUAAAAGCUGCUGCCUGUUGUAAUUUUUGGAGGGUACAAGCCGAGGAUUUGCAUUAUUCACGGGCAAUAAUGAAUCGAUGAGCGUUUGCGUCAGCUGAUACGGCUGCCUGUUGUCUGUUUUCUGUUGUCCUGCCCAGUGUCAAGUGCCGAGUGCUGCCAAAAUUCAGAUUACCAACAACAAUCACAACAACAAUAACAACAACAAGUUGAAAAGCAUUUUGGCCAGCAAACAUGUUUGCCUGAGGCCGGUUAGCCAACAUUUUUGGGCAGCCGCAUCAUCAGUUCGAACUUUGCUCUUGCCUUAAUAAAGGACACGCUGCGCAGAGAGCGACGAGAGAAAACAGAGCGAGUGUGCCAGAGAGAGAGAGAGAGAGCGUUGCUAGAGAGAGCAUAAACUGAGAGAAGUUGUUGUUGCUGCUGUUGUGUGUUUUGGCCCAAAAGGAAGUGGCGACAUCUGUUUUGCCGCUUUGUCAGCUUAUCCGGCAGCCGAUGCCAUAGCCGACGACGAGGACAACGAGGACGAAGGACGAGAACACGACAGGGAUAACGGCAACGGCUAACGGCACGUGAAAUACACAAGUGUGGAAAUUGGAAUUUUUAUUCAAAACAAUGCCCCUGCUGCAACAGUACGAGGCGUCUGAUUGCAACGCUGCCAACGGCGGCAACAUGCGUGCCUUGAGUGGCGCCACCUCUAGUGAUUUACUGCAGAAGCAUUCGAUUAGCUCCCUCCUGGAACAACAUCAACACCAACAGCAACAGCAACAUCAGCAUCUGCAGCAUCAGGAUCUGCUGGGCAGGCGGACGGAUGCCAACGAUGGACUUAUAUCCUUCAUAAAUGAUCCAAUUACACUAAACGAUCUACUUGGCUUGUGUGGCGGCAGCGGUGCGGCAACUGCAGCCCAGGCAACAGCAACAGCCCCAGUAACAACAGCAACAGUAGCAACAACGGCAGCAGGCAUUGCAGGCAGCGCCGGAGGUAACGGCAGCAGCAGCAGCAGCGGCGGCGGCGUUAAUAACUUGCUACUUGGCAAUGCAGCGGCGACUGCUGCAGCUGCCGCUGUCGCUGCCACUGGCGAUUUAAGUCAACAACAGCAACAACAACUGCAACAACAGCAACUGUCGGCGAACGCAGUGUCCUAUGCACCACUGACACCGAGCUCAACACAAUCCUCCUCGGCCUCACCAGGCACCAAGUCAAGUUUUGAUUACUUUCAGUUUGAAAAUGUUGCACAAAGUAACCCACUUAAGGCUUUCCAAAGAUCAAACAUCAGCUUCGAUUGCUCUGCACCCUUAUCGCCAAGUACGCCUUCAUCUAUUUACAAUCGCUCCUUUCACAGUUCACCUUUAGUCAGUGACAGCAGCAACUCUUCCAGCGCCAAUGGCCUAUCGCUCGACUCAAUUAAUAUGCUUUAUCAGCAGCAGAGCUACAACAACUUGGGCAACACCAGCAGCGGCAAUCUUGGUCUAAAUCUGCAGAACGCAUCCACACGCUCCAAUUCACCGGAGAGCCAGAACAGCAAUCAGUCCAUCAAUGAACCCAAUCUACUAGACAUGAUCAAUCUGCUAUCUGUUAGCAAUAAUAAGCUGGCAUCCAUGCAGCAGCAGCAGCAACAGCAACAGUUUCAGCAGCAGCAGCAACAGCAGAAACAUUUACAGCAACAGCAGCAGGUCCAACAACAACAACAUCAUCAUCAGCAGCAGCAGCAACAACAACAGCAGCAGCAGCAGCAUCAACAGCAACAGCCAUUCAAUAAUUUGAAUAGAAACUAUGAAUCACAGCUGUUGAGUGGAUCACAGCAGAACUUUGAUUUUGGCAAUAAUGAUUGCCUCAAUCAGUGCAGUCUAGAGAACUUUACGAUUGUGGACAUGGAAUUGGCCAAGUUGCAGAAUCUGCAGCGCAUCAACACGCUCAAGUUGCUGCAAGCGCAAACGCAACAAAUGCCUCUGCUCAAUCAGCUGCUGCAAAGCUAUGCGGGGAAUUUGCCUGCUACCGCCGGUGGUAGCUCUUCCAAUAAUUUAAACAGUACUGCAACGGCCAGUUUAGGCAAUCUGGUUGGCGGCGGUGCGGGCAGCAACGUUACUGUGGCAGGGGCAGGCAAUUCCACAGGCACAUCCAAUGAUUGGCAUUUGGAUCGUGUUGCCAAAUUCUACAGAAGCUCGGCCGCAUUGUGUGAGGCAUCAUGCACCUGGAGCGGUCAAUUGCCGCCACGUUCGCAUCGUAUGCUGAACUAUUCCCCCAAAGUGUUUCUUGGUGGCAUUCCUUGGGAUAUCAGUGAGCAAUCGUUGAUACAAAUUUUUAAGCCCUUUGGUUCCAUUAGAGUCGAAUGGCCCGGUAAGGAGCAACAGGCGACACAACCCAAAGGAUAUGUCUACAUUAUAUUUGAAUCGGAUAAACAAGUAAAAGCUUUGCUUUCAGCUUGUGUAUUGCAAGUCGAUGAUUCGCAUAGUGGCAGCAAUUAUUUCUUUAAAAUCUCCUCGCGACGCAUCAAGUCAAAGGACGUUGAAGUAAUUCCCUGGAUUAUAGCUGAUUCCAAUUUUGUGCGCUCCAGCUCACAGAAAUUAGAUCCCACAAAAACGGUUUUCGUUGGCGCUUUGCAUGGCAAACUAACUGCCGAGGGAUUGGCCACAAUAAUGGAUGAUCUAUUUGAUGGUGUCCUCUAUGCGGGCAUCGACACGGACAAGUACAAAUAUCCCAUCGGCUCCGGCCGUGUGACAUUUAGCAACUUUCGCUCUUAUAUGAAGGCUGUGUCGGCGGCUUUCAUUGAGAUACGCACUUCCAAGUUUACGAAGAAGGUGCAGGUGGAUCCGUAUCUGGAGGAUGCUCUAUGCUCGAUUUGUGGUGUCCAACAUGGGCCAUAUUAUUGCCGCGAAUUGUCCUGCUUUCGCUACUUUUGUCGCAGUUGUUGGCAAUGGCAGCAUAGCUGUGAUAUUGUCAAGAAUCACAAGCCCUUGACGCGCAACUCAAAGUCCCAGACCUUGGUAGGUUUUGGGCCAUCGUCGUCGUCAUCAACGAUUUCGUUGGCGUCCUCUGGCAAUCGUUUGAAUGUGGAUCACAAGCUGCAGCAGCAACAUAAUCACAAUCAUCAUAAUCAUCAACACCAGCAACAUCAUCAGCAGCAGCAGCAGCAGCAUCAGCAGAAACUUAUUCAACUUCAGCAACAUGCCAAUCAGCAGUCAAACAAUUUGAAUCUAUUGUCAAAUGCCAGCGCUACAAAUGCAGCAGCCAAUUCAUUGUAUAACUAUCAGCAACAGCAGCAGCAGCAACAACAACAGCAGCAGCAGCAGUAACAACAACAGCAUUAACAACAACAGGCGAUUUAAGGCGAUUUGGGCUCACUUUUAGCGUACCGUUUUAACGUACUUCAAGUCAAACGUUGGAUGUAAUUUUUUUGAAUUUUAAGUGAUACCAAAAUUUGUGCACUUUUUAGGCAAACAGAAAGCCAACCUUUUCGAAUGGCCAGAUUUUGAACGGAAAUUGUUAGUGUUGCACACACAUAUUCAAAUAUUGUAACCUACACACUCAGUUAUUUUGAUGUAUUUACAUGAACGGUACGAUAUUAAGUAUAUAUAAGUAUAACUAUAUAUAUGUAAUAUGUACAUAUAUAUAUAUAUUUAAUAAUAUAUCUAUAUAUAUAUGUAUAUAUUUUCUUUUAGGCUAAACAUGAGCAUUCCUCCUCACAUAUAUUAUAUCUACUCAUACUAUUUUUUGAUAAUCAUGCUUACAUAUCAGCAUUUGAAGCGGGCAUUCGAAUGCUUAACGAAACCCCCAAGCAACUUGAAAUAUGGUCUAUUUCAAUUACCUUAUAUCUUACUAUAUCAUUUUUUUUUUUGCUAAGAAAGCUGUCUCUAUACUUUUCAUUCCGUAUUUGUCUAGUUUAUGAAAACUGCACAAAGUUUAAAUCUUAAGUUUAUCUUUUUCGUUUUUUUUUUGUUUAGUUUAUUAGGCUUAGCAACUUUUUUUGUUGUGCUAUUAAUAAGAAUUUUUAUAGCUUCUUUUUUUAUUAGCCAAAGCAAAGAAAGUAUUUUUGGAUUUGUCCGUGCGCGCGUUGAUCAGGAAAUUGCAAUUUUUAAUUUUAAUUUAAAAAUUGUGAAUUUUCUAAAUUGUCACUAUAAAAUUGUUAUACAGUUAUGAGUUGGUUUUUUUUUUGUUUAGUUAUUGUUACUAUUAGGUUUAAAAUUAUUUUGUUGAACAUUUACAAUACGCUUGAUUGUUAAUCUUUGUUUUUCUAUACGGCUAUACUAGUUUUAAAGCCCACAAGAUUAUUAUUUAUGUCUUACAUUAUUUUUCAUGUAUUUUGAGAACGGAUCUCGAUGCUAUAUGUAUGUAAUAGCAAAGCAUUACAUAUUGUACUUAACCACGCUUUAAUUUAAUUUAGUGCAUAUACAUUUCAUUGUACACACGCUUAACACACACACA